AUGUUGACCAAGUCCGCCAUUCUUGCAGUGCUUCUGGCGGCUUCUACAAGUGUGGCUCAGCGCUGUACUAUCUCAGAACCUUGCCAGAAUCCUACCAAGUGGGGAAUUGACCAUAUCAAGCCCUGCACAGACUCAGCAACGGGAAACAUCGGUUGUUGUCCCGAGGGAACCGACUUUGAUGGAACAAAUUGCGUCUUGUCUGUCCCCAAGUGUCCCGACAAUACCGUUCGUGAGCAUGAUCGAUGUAUCUCGCGCGUGAAGCCCGUAUGUGAGGACGGACAGGAACUUAACGGCAAUGUCUGCACCACAUACGAGCCCCCAAUCUGUGAGAGCGGUACUGUUCCACACGGAAACAACUGUAUCACUGAGAAGGGAUCUGAAUGUCCGAAGGGUUUGAAGAAGAAAGGCAAUGUGUGCGUGUCAAGCAAGCCGCCCCAAUGCCAACCCAAUGAGCAUCACAGUCACGGUCGAUGCGUGAGUAAUCAACCUCCCGACUGUCACGGAACCGCAAAGUACGAAAAUGGCGUGUGUGUCGACUCGGAGCCUCCUAUCUGUGGGGAUGGAGCGAAAUUCGAUAAAACUAUCAACCAAUGUCGCUCGACCACCAAGCCAGUUUGCCCUACUGGCACCACUCCCAAGGGUGGUCAAUGUGUCUCCGACUACAGUCCAGAAUGUGACGGUAGCACGUACAAUAAGGACACUGAGUCCUGCGAGAAGAUCGUCAAACAGCCGGAUUGUCCCGAGGGAACCCGACUCAAUGGAGACAAAUGUGUCUACGACCAGGGCCCCGUUUGCACCCGACAUGGGUUUGAAUACUCGAUAAAUCCAUCUGACCACACCGCUCGAUGCUGCCCCGUGGGGAUGGGUUGGAAUGGCCGCGUUUGCCGAACACGCCCCGUGGAUGGUGUCUGUCCUGAUGGGGCUCCCCCGUUCAAGGGGUGGUGCGAGAGCCAUGUUACGCCAGAGCCCGAAUGCCCCAAAGGCUAUAACAUAGAAAAUGGCCAGUGUGUUUGGCGAUCAUCUCCGAAGUGUCCAAAGGGUACUCACCGUUGGGGUGGCAACUGUGUCACCAGGACCCAAGCGAAAUGCCCAGACGGCUUCACGCAGGCCGGAAACACUUGCCUGUCCAAGGAUCGACCCAAGUGCCCACAGAAUACCAAACUCAAUGGAAACAUCUGCGUGAGUAUCCUUCGUCCCAAAUGCCGACGCGGAACUUGGGUCGAUUCCAACUGUGUUGUGGAGGACAUUCCCAAAUGUGAGGAUGGAGUUCUGGAAGGCGAAGACUGUAUGACUUCAUCUACACCUGUAUGCCCCGACGGUACCAGAUUGGAUGGGGACGACUGUGUCUCGAAUACGCCUCCUGCAUGUAAGCCUCCAGCGGUGCCCGACCGCGAGGGCAACUGCGUCACCAACAUCCGUCCCCGUUGCCCUAAGGGCUCCAAACUCAAGGAUGGGAAAUGUGUAACUGGAACUCCAAAGUGUGGUGACGGUUUCCAUCUCGUUAACGAGAAGUGCGAGUCCUUCAGCCGCCCGGAUUGUGAGCAUGGAUUCCGAUUCAUCGACGGACAAUGCAUUCGCACGAGUGAGCGCAAGGACUGCAAGGACGGCUACACGUACAAGGAUGGCCAAUGCGUCUCUCCCAAUGAACCCGAUUGUCCAGAUGGCAUGAUGCUCAGUGGUAAGAGAUGUGUGUCAAUCGAUAAUCCAGCAUGCCCGGACGGAACCCGCUUGGAGGGAGAUGACUGCGUAUCUGAUGUUUCUCCCAAAUGUAAUGAUGGAUUCAGGCUUCACAACAACCGCUGCGUCGCGAACCGGCUACCUACCUGUCCACACGGAACCAAAUACGAGCAAGCCAGCCGGGAGUGUGUUUCUGUGGAGAACCCCAGGUGUCCUGAAGGCCAGGUUUACAAGGAUGGUAACUGUGUGCUGGCAAGUGGCAAGUGUAUCGAGUAUCAGUUCUGUCCGACCGAUGCCCCUAUCGCUGGAGGUUCUGGCUCUAUGUAUAUGGACAUGAACCGUCUCAGAGGAGCUGGUGAGGAGGAAGGUCAGGAUUCUGGACAUAUUGACCUGUGA